GGUGGCCGGGAGACCCCGCCCGAGCGGUUGGAGCCAAGUGGUUUCUUAGGUGACCCAGGAGCGGCGUCUACGCUCGAUUGAGCGGGCCUGGGAAAGGUUCCCAGAGGGCUGUGCGCCGGAGGCUCUGGGCGCUGUCAUGGCGGGCGUACUGAAGAAGACGACCGGCUUGGUGGGAUUGGCCGUGUGCAACACUCCACACGAGAGGCUAACGAUAUUGUAUACCAAGAUUCUUGAUCUUCUGAAGCACUUUCCUAAACAUGCAGCCUAUAGAAAAUACACAGAACAGAUCACCACUGAGAAGCUGGAUAUGGUCAAAGCGGAGCCAGAUGUUAAAAAAUUAGAAAACUUGCUUCAGGGAGGUGAAGUAGAAGAGGUCAUUCUUCAGGCUGAAAAAGAACUAAGUCUGGCAAGAAAAAUGUUGCAGUGGAAGCCGUGGGAGCCGCUCAUAGAAGAGCCGCCAGCUGACCAGUGGAAGUGGCCAAUAUGAUCAGUGCCUGAUGAUGGAUGUGAAUUAAACGUGCAAUUAAAUGUUCUGUGAUGCUACAA